AUGUUUGGUUCCAAGAAGAUCUUCUACAGUUACCACGUAGCCUCAGGUGCUCUCAGAAAUUUAAAAGAAAAAAAAAAGAAGAAAAAGAAGUAAAAAAAAAAGCCCUAAUGAAGUUGAUGGUCAAGAUGAUAUAGUCUGUUCAUAUUUUUAAUGCCAAGUGCAAUGACGUCAUUCAGAAACGUUCUGUGGAUGGCUCCCUCUCUGAAUGGUUUAUCGCGCCAUAAGGGGCGGAGCUUGAGCGACGACUUGACAUUCUAGACUAUAAAAAAAACGGAAAAAAAAAAAAUCAAGUUGAACUUUUUUUCGUAGGACUCCGAGAAAAUUCACACCUAUCUACAACUAUUCCCAACUAUAUACACUUAUGAACAGACAAGUAAAAACUGUUAAGAAAACACAGGUCAAAAUGAAGAGAAGCACGAAAAGUUGCCAAGAAGAUAUCACCGGUUUUGAAAGAGCUUUGAACCAAUCUACAUAUCAAGAACUACUCAUGAAGAAGAUGACGCAAUGAAAAAAGACAAAAAAAAAUCACAACUAACCUUCAGAAGUGGCCGUGCUACCGUAGCCGUGAAACUCCAGGUCGUUUGAAGAUAACAAAAAUUACAAACAUGCAACAUGCAUCAGACAAAAACAGGCAAAAAAUUAAUUUGAAAAAUUAAAAGAAGCUCUGAGGUCUGUAGAAUCCACAUAGAAGCCGGAAUUCCUAUAACUUGCUCUAAACCCCAAGCAGACUUCAUAAGCCAUGAAAAGCCUCAAAACUCAAGAUCCAAUCUUCAAACCACAAGUUGAACUCUUCACGACUAAAAAAGAAUUCCUUCAAAUUAUCCAGAUGGGUAAUAAAAAUUGAAGAACAAAAACUACCCCGUAGUCUUAAUCAAUCUGCAGUCGUGGACGUAGGGGAGUUUAAACAAGCAGAAGCCUGUGAACGGAGAAGUUGCUGACUUGAACUGCCAAGGAGAGCGCCUACUGUAACCAUGUUCCAAUAUAAAUCCGUUGAUCUGAGCCAUGAGCCUUAGACGUCGAGAAACUGUAAACCCUCUUUGAAGGUCACAGAACCCUUCAGAGUUCGAAACCCGAAUCAGGAUGAUGAAAGAGAUGGAGAACCUAUCAACGCCAAGAAAAAAUUCGAAGAAGCUUUGCUGUUCAGAGAAACUAUAAUUCUUGAAAAAGACAAGAAGUCGAAUCCUUGAAGGUCCCCGUUGAUGACAUAGGAGACAAGCAGAUUUCAGGUCUCAAGAAGAACAUCUACGGUAACCUUGCAGCUCGAGUCACCCUCAAAAUUGUAACUCUUAAAGAAGACAAAGAGUCGAAUCCUCAAAGGGCAGUCGACUAACGACGAACAAGCCGAGUUCAGGUCUCAAGAAGAACAUCUACAGUAGCCUCGCAGCUCGGGAACCUUCAAAUUGUAACUCUUAAUGAAGACGAGGAGUCGAAUCCUUGAAAGGCAUCGUCGAUGAACGAAGGAACAAACGGAAUUCGACACUCAAGAAAAACCUCUACAGUAAUCGCGCAGCUCUAGGCGGCUCCCGACCCUACGGCGGACCGUAA